GUGUUUCAAAGACGGUUGGACGGCAGCGUCGAUUUCUUCAGAACUUGGAACGAAUAUUCUGAUGGAUUUGGAAACUUGAACGGAGAAUUUUGGCUUGGCAAUCGUCUGAUAAAUGAAAUAACAACACAACGUUCGUACAAGAUGAAAGCUGAGGCAGUGGCGUUUGACGGCUCAACAUUUCAUGUCUUCCACACGCAGUUCUAUUUGGACUCUCAAGUCAACAACUACACAAUAAGAUUUGAUGUGAAAGUAAAUAAUAAUACUUCAGCAACAGGUGUGGCACCAAAGAAUUAUCCAUUUUCAACGUGGGAUCGAGAUAACGACAUCUACGCUGGAAAUUGUGCUCAGUCCUUCUUGGGAGCUUGGUGGUACACUUCCUGCCACGGAUGCAACUUUAAUGGAUUUUAUUAUCCUGGAGGCAACCACAGUCAACAUUAUGCAUCUGGAGUGGACUGGUCACCGUUCAAGGGACAGUACGAGUCCAUGAAAGCAACGUGGAUGAUGAUAAGUAGGAUGUGA